AUGACGUGGCGUGCGCUGCUGCGAGAGGCGUGGGACAGAGCGGCGUUAAUGACCCAGUUCGCGUGCUGCUACCAUGUGUUCACUAACUACGUCAUGGAUGUCACCAUGGUACGUGAUGACGUCUCCAUGGGACGUGAUGAUGUCACUCUGUGCAUGGGUCCCAGCAUGCUGCCAACAUUGAAUGCAGCAGGGGACGUGGUCCUACUAGAGCACAUCACGCCCGCCCUGCAUGCCUUAAAGCCCGGCGAUAUUGUCGUCGCCAAGUCCCCCUCUAACCCGCGCAUGAUGGUGUGCAAGCGCGUGGUGGCAAUGGAGGGGCACGAGGUGCAUGCCAUGCCGCCUCCUCCCAGAGGAUUCAUGGGUGGGAGAGGCAAGCAUGCAGAAACACAUGCAGUGGUCCCACGAGGCCACGUAUGGUUGCAGGGAGACAACCUUUUUAACUCCACUGACUCUCGACACUAUGGCCUCGUGCCCCUGGCAUUAGUCAAGGGCAGGGUCUUCUACAGAGUAUGGCCUCCCAGGGAUUGUGGGCCAGUGCGCUAG